AUGAAGUACACAUUGACUCUCGCCAUCGUGGCGCUUACUCUGGACACCGCCGUCGCAUCUCCACUCAACGUAGAGGCCCGACAGCAAGGUAGCGGAGCAGGCCCAUACGCACCCGGCACAUACAAGACCGACAACUCUCUCCAGGGCCACACAAUCUACUACCCGACCAAGAACACCGGUUCCGAAAAGCUUCCUGUUCUCGUCUGGGGCAACGGAGCAUGCAGCACUGAUGGCCGCUCAAACUCCGCUCUCUUGCAGAACAUUGCCAGCUAUGGCUUUUUGGCUAUCGCAGAGGGCGGUCCCAAUGGUGGAGGUUCUUCAAAUGCGCAAACCAUGAAGCAAGCCAUUGACUGGGUCACCAACAACGCUGGAAAGGGCGCGUACGCUAAUGUCGAUGCGAGCAAGAUUAUGGCGGCAGGAUUCUCGUGUGGUGGUGUUGAGGCUAUCGACAACAUCUGGGAUAGCCGCGUUGACACAAUUGGAGUGAUAAGUUCAGGUCUGCUUUCAAACACCAGCGCAGCCCGAGACUGGAGGAAGCCCAUACUUUUUGUACUGGGUGGUCAGGGCGACAUUGCAUUCCAGAAUGGCGAACGCGACUUCAAAAAUCUUGCGCAGGGUGUUCCAUCAUGGAAGGGUAACAUUCCUGUUGGCCAUGGUGGUACACUAGGUGACGCAAACGGCGGCCGAUUUGGCAAAGCCAUUCUCAACUGGAUGCUGUGGACUAUGAAGGGAAAUACGCAGGCGGCAUCUUACUUUACUAGCGGCUACCAGGCUGAUGGCUAUCAAGUUGAAACUCAUGAUUUGAACCUUCCAAUCUCUUCAAUUUCACAACUCUCCGCCAUCUAUCCCGAAAUGUCCACAACAAUAGCUAUUGUCUCAAUCGGCCAAAUGGGCCUAGGCAUCGCCCAACUUCUCAAAGCACAUGACUACCGCGUGAUCACGAACAUCAGUGCUCGCAGCGACGCAACCAAAUCCCGUGCCGAGUCUGCGGGAAUUGAGCUGUUUGACACAGACGAAGAACUAGUCCGCAGUUGCGACUAUAUCCUUAGUAUCGUGCCACCCCGCGACGCCAUUGCAACAGCAAAACGCGUGGAAGUCGCACUCGCAAACGGACGUGAUAGAGGAGGAAAACAACUUUAUUACCUGGAUUUGAACGCUAUUAGCCCCUCAACAGUCAAAACAAUGGCAAGAUCAUUUGAGCAGAAUGCGCCAGGCUUGCGCUUCGUCGACGGUGGCAUCAUUGGCGGACCACCAUCGCCAUCAGAAUCAGAAACAAAUGGGUGGAAAAGACCUAGUGUUCCCUUAUCGGGUCCGCAUCCUCUUCAUUCAGCACCAGUAUCCGGUACGCAUUUGGCAGAAGUGCUGAAUACACGGUAUCUUGGCGCAGAACUUGGUACGGCAUCAGGCCUAAAAUGCUGUUUCGCGGCGCUGUCGAAAGGUUUCACGGCGUUGGCUUUGCAAUCUUUUACUACUGCGUCGUCUCUUGGGGUGCUUAACCCGCUACUCGAGUACAUGGAUGUAUACAAUAUUGGUGCGAGGCAGAAGGCAGAAAGGGGUGUUGUGGGAUGCACGGGGAAAGCGUAUCGUUGGGUGGAGGAGAUGAAUCAGAUUGGAGCGUGUUUUGAAGAGGAAGGUGGGUGGAAGGGCGACGCGAAGGUUUUCAGGGAGAUUGCAAGUGUGUUUCAGGGGUUGGCUGAUGUUGUGGAAAGGGAGGGGAAGGACGAGAUGGGAGAUGUGGAGGGUGUUGUUGGCGUAUUAGGUGAGGGGUUGAGGAAAGAGCGAACAUAG